CUACCUCUCCUCACCUCUUAACUCUGAAGUUAACUAUCCAGUCCUCUAUGAGCACAGGACAGGAUGGGAUGCUCCACCAGUUCCCAAACUUCAGCGAUAGAUCCGACUCGACCUAGUGCUAAACCCGAGGAGAGCAACGGAACCAGCACAACAGGGGCGGGCAAUGAGAAUGGGAAAGUAGCUGAGGACAGGGAAACUAUUCCCGACCAGACACCCGCUGGAGGCAGUAAUGCUGAGCCUGCAGACAACACCCCUGCAGAAGCUCCGGCAGCAGCACCUGAAGAAGCUCCGGCGGCAGCACCUGAAGAAGCUCCAUCAGCAGCACCUGAAGAAGCUCUGGCGGCAGCACCUGAAGAAGCUCCAUCAGCAGCACCUGCAGAAGCUCCGGCAGCAGCACCUGAAGAAGCUCCUGCAGAAGCUCCGGCAGCAGCACCUGCAGAAACUCCAUCAGCAGCACCUGAAGAAGCUCUGGCGGCAGCACCUGAAGAAGCUCCAUCAGCAGCACCUGAAGAAGCUCCUGCAGAAGCUCCGGCAGCAGCACCUGAAGAAGCUCCAUCAGCAGCACCUGCAGCUCCUGAGCAAGAAAAAGCAGAGCCCAAAACAGAGGAGGCACCAGCUCCCAGUGAGUGAGGUGCAACAUGAACGACUUGCACACAUGAGUUUGUUGGAUGUGUCCUACCUUGUUUGUAUGCGCGAGUGAAUGUGUAGGUGUGUGUUUGCAUGUGAAAGACAUCGCCUUGUUGCCAAGAUGCAGACCCUGUGAUGACAAACCACUUUCAGUCAUCCCUGUGCCUUCUUCCCCUCAUGAUGGUGUAUGGCUGCAAUUUCUGCUUGUGAACUGUAUACAAGCAGAGUUCUACGGCACUUAGUUUUUAAUUUAAUCAUUUCAGGAUAACUUAAAUGAUAAAUUGUCAGUGAAAUGUAUAUUUAUUAUCUGUAUAGGAAUUUAUAAUAGCAGAUUUUCUUGAUUUAACUCGAAGACUACAUUCUAUACUUUUCUACAAAAUUAUAAUUCAAAAGGAAACCAAAGCCAAAAUAUAUUUAAUUUAUGAAAUUAUAUUCUUUUUGAGUAGCGGGCUUUGAUUUUACAACCGUGUUUGUAAUGAGUAUGAAGAGCUGAUACUAUGGAGGAUUGUAAACAUUAAUAUAAGACCACGAAUGAGAAAAGAAAAGGGUACAUGCAGUUUUUGUUUCUGAUGUGUCAUUUCUCUCUGGGAAGACUAUCUGAAAUCUGUAAUAACUUAUGAAUUGUCAAAAAAUAAAAAAAGUCCACCUUAAAAAAAAUGACAUCUAAUGCAGGAUGAAUACAUACCGUAUGUCGAAUGUGGUGUUUUAGGGUGAAAUAAUCAUUUCAGGAUCA